AUGCGACUUACCGCCCCUCCUCGUUCGACCUCUCUAUCCUCGUUAUUCAUCUUGCCUAUCCCAUUGGGAUUACUCACAAUAGCAUACUUGGUAGCAGUGGGUAGGAGACCUGAUAUACCUGAAUCUGCACAGGUGGACGAUCCCCAUCAGUGGGGGUUUCCAAAAUGGUAUGGCAACCAUCCCACACCAUUUGAUUACCGUUUGACAUCACAAGGAGAAGAGGAAGAAGUCUGCGAUCAUCCGAAGAAUGUAUUAUUGUUUAUAGAUGAUUCUCCACAAAUACCAUCUGCAUUGACUCUCCAUUCAUCCCUAACAUCCUCGAACAGAUUCAACCUCACCACCAUAUCAUCCUUCUCACCCACUUGGAACUCGGAUCUAUCAUCGAAGGAGAAUCUGAACAAUUUGGGAUGUAAUCAGUUCGAUUGGAUAUGGAGAGUAGGAGAUGAAAGUGGACAUGCAGAUUUGGGUUGUGGGGAAAAGAAAGUUAUUAGGGUGGAAGAAGGGAUGAAAACUCCUGGAAGAGCUAAUGUAUCAUUGUUAACUCAUCCUCAUCAUAUAUUAAAACCUGAACAUAAGCAUGAUGCUCUAAAGACAACACAUGGUGAGGGAUGGGAAUUGGGAUUAUUGACUCAUGUAUUACCUUCGGUAAGUGAGACUUUCGUAGCUUCAUGA